CUCUAUCUGCCCACACACACACACACACACCAUCGCGAGCACUUGCUCUGCUGCAGCCCAGAGUGAAGCGAGCCCAGCAUCCCGGCUGACCAUGCACCCGGCUCUCCUCUCUCUCCUCCUGACAGCCCUACAUGUGUCUGUACCGGUGGAUUGUAGGCCGAGGCCCCGGGGCUCGGCAGAGCAGCGACCACACCGCCGGCCGAGCGGCGAGCGCAGGGGAUCGAACACAGACCCACCGGCUGGUCCGGCUCGGCUGCACAUAGACCUCAGUGGAUCGAUGAAAAGAGGCGUUCACAGGGAGACUCUGGUUGUUUUUCCAGUGAGAAGCAACUUUGUGUCAAUAUUUGAUUUGAGGAGAAAACGUUUCCUCUGUGUGGACGUGGAGGGAGAGCUGCACGUCUCUAGGCAGAAAGACCAGGCGGAUUGCCUCUUCCAGCGCAUCUGGUUGGACCUGCCAAACCACCAGGACGCGUUUUACUCUGCAACCGGCGGCAAGCUGCUCAAACUGAAGGGGGCCCAUCACCGGGGGCCAGCUGAGGCGUCCUCGGUGCAGCUGGAGACGCUCCUGGGUCCCUCGGUGAGGAGACAGAGGAGGAGCGAGGAGGUGAACCCCUCCGAUCCGUUAAGAACCCACUCGCUCCCCGACCCUUCUGCCAAAGAUCACAAGGAGACGCCUCAGGGCCAAACUGAGCCGGACCAGGCCGGGGCCGUGUCCAAAGAGACCAUCACCUCCUGCGACGACCCCCUGAGGGUCCUCCAGCACAACGGGCCGGUCAGUCCUGUGAAGACCAACAUCGCAGACCGGCCCGAGCAAGACUGAGACACUGAACUUCAUCGAGGGACUGAAUCGGGGGGGGGGGGGGUGCAGGACGUUAUGAUUGUGAUGGACGUCGGUAGAUGUCUCGGGCCACGUUAGAGGUGAUUUCCGGAGAGGUCCACAUUUUAAAACUUCUGAGAAAAAGAGUUUCAUCAAACCCUUGAGUCGUGUUUCUCUCCUUUCAUAGGUUUUGGUUUGAACGAACCUUGUACACGAAUGGACUCGAACCCGGUUACAUCACAGCGCUUCUGUUUGAAUAGCAGACAACAUUCGACAUAACCACAGGGCGAGUGUUCUCCAGUGUCCUGUCGUCCUUUAACCUCCUGUGUGAGUUGAACUUCAAACCCCGGCAUAUGUACAAAAAAAAAUAUUAUAAUCUGGAAGUAAUUAUGAAUAUUUAUACAGAAAAAAGAAAAGAAAAAAUACAACCUGUGCAUUUUGUUGUUCAUUCAUUAACAGGAUCCAAUUAUAUCAGGUGCAGGACACCAGUAGUCUCAAUGAUAUAAAUAUAUUUAUUUAUUGAAACGUGUUAAUUGAUCCUAGUUCUACUGUUUUAUUAUUUAUAUAUUUCACGUUGUCUUAUUUCUAAUACGGAAAAUAAAUGAUAACUAUUCUGUG